AUGGUGUUGUCUAGGAACGGGCAGCUUCUUCGUCAUAACGGCAACAGCAUUGCCUGUGAUUAUGCAUAUUGCGUGCACAUAUACUUUCCCUAUUUCUAUCUCUUUCUCUUUCUUUGUCUUUUUUUUAACCUACUCUCAUCCAUUCCAUUACUCGCAUUCUCUUUAAAUCAUAUAUCUAUCUAUCUAUCUAUCUAUCUAUCUAUCUAUCUAUCUAUCUAUCUGUUUUCCAUUAAUUAUUUACGUAUAUAUAUAUAUUCUCUUUAUAUCUAUCUAUCUAUCUAUCUAUCUAUCUAUCUAUCUAUCUAUCUUAGUCUCUUUAUAUCUAUCUAUCUAUCUAUCUAUCUAUCUAUCUAUCUAUCUAUCUAUGUUAAUUCUUAUUUCUUUCUCUUUUUUAUGCAUCUAUUGCAUCAUCCCGUUGAUUUCAAACGUUUCCCUUUCUCAAAUCUCACUCUUUCUCAUUCUCAUUCUCUCUCUCAAUUUCAUUCUCUCUCUUUCAUAGUAUAUUCUCUCUCUCUCUCUCUCUCUCUCUCUCGUUGCAAAUUCUCUCUCUCUCUCUCUCUCUCUCUCUCUCUUUCUCUUAAUUCGCUUGUUAUGUCUUGUUUUUUUGGGUUUUUUAUCCACUUCUUUCUUAAAUUCCCCCUUCUGUCUUACAUAAUCUCUUUCUUUCUUUUUUCCACAAAUGAUUUGUCUCUCUUCCUCUCCUUAUCUUUUCCUUUCUCUAUCCUCUUCCCUUCCUCCCACUCUGUUAAUAAACACUUGCCUAUCACUUACUACUAUUCCCUUUUUUGGUUUUCGUUCUCUUUUUUUUUUCCACUUUUCCAAGCUUCUCUUUCUAUCUCAAAUCUUCUGUACCCCCCUCUCUCUCUCCUUCCUUACUCUCUUUUACAUUACUCUCUCUCUCUCUCUUUCACUACUCUCUCUCUCUCUCUCUCUCUCUCUCUCUCUCUCUCUCUCUCUCUCUCUCUCUCUUCUAUUUCCCGUUACUUCUUUCUAGGUUCUUUUUGUCGUCUGCCCGUCGUAUUUCUCUAUCCAUUUUUCUUGUCUGUUUUUUUUUCACUUUGUCUGCCUAUCUUUCUCUCUCUCUUUUCUUUAACUCUUCUCUCCCCUCACUUUCUAUUUAAUAUAUUGGCCUAUCUACAUUUUCCUAUUUCUCUCCAUAUCUAUCUCUUAGUUAAAAAUGGCGAAAUUCAGUCAGAAAAUUUACAGGAAGAAGACCGCGCUUUUGGGUGGGGGUGCGAAUAUUUUUGCUCGCUUAUUCUUCUUAGCUUUCUCUUUCUCUCUGAGUCAUUCACGUAUCUCUCUUACUUUCACCUUUCUCUUACUCCUACUCUCUUCUCUUCUCUCUCGCUCUCUAUCUUUCUCUUCCUCAUUUUCUGUCGUACCUUUUUUUGCGAGUCUCAUCCAAUUGCAUUCCUUUCUCUUAAUCGAUCUACAUUUAUUUCCAUUUCCGCGCCUUCUCUGACUGUCUCCCUGUUUCUCUUUAUUCGUCUUUCACUUUCUUUCCCUUUCUUCAUCAAUCUAUUCUUCUUUAUCAGUCUUGCAUUCUAA